AGACCCUCUGUCCCGGCAGCGUUAAGCCCUGGGCAGAUCUUGGAGGGGCGCCUGGGUGAGAGGAGCGUCCUGGUCCGAUUAGGACGUCCCACGGGUGCCCUCGCCAGGGGAGCGAAUGGAGGAAGAGGCGCAGGCAGCAUCCAGAGAGACCUGCCCCCCGGUGGAGGAGCAAGUGGGGGACCUGGCGCCAGAACCCUGCCCUGGGGCGGCGUGGCACCCCCCGGUCGAGCUGGGUUUGGUCGUGGAAGAGGGGCUUUUGGAGCCCGAGGCCGAGGCCGAGGCCGCGGCCGUGGACGUGGGCGAGGCGGAGGGAGAGGUGCCCUCCCUCGCCCUGCACUGACCAAGGAGCAGCUGGACGCCGAACUAGACGCAUACAUGGCAGAGGCGAGAGCGACCCUGGAUGCUGAGUUGGAGGCCUGCAUGGCAGAGGCAGCUCCCCAGACCUGCGACUGA